AAAACGUCUGAAAGCUUCAAGGACGCGUAGAAAUACAUAUAUAAAUAUAGGUACCCGCAGCGAAAAAAAAAUCGAUUAUCCCCGUAGCUGAAACGUUUUGCUUCUCUGAAAUUAUAAAUCAAUGAGGGCGUCAAUCAAACGCCCACCGACUCCAGAUGCAGAAGACGAGCGUGAUCGCGAGCCUACCAUUCAGGAAAUCAUCAAUAUCAAGCUGAUAGAGAGUGGUGAAAAAGAACGGUUGAAGGAGCUUUUGAGGGAAAGACUUAUCGAAUGCGGUUGGAGAGAUGAAAUGAAAGCUCUAUGCAGGGCACAUGCAAGGAAGAAGGGAAGGAAUAAUGUAACAGUGGAUGACCUUGUUCAUGUCAUUACCCCGAAGGGAAGAGCUUCUGUUCCUGACACGGUGAAAGCAGAACUGCUGCAGCGAAUUCGUUCGUUUCUUUCAUCAACUGCUCUUUGAUGUUAUAGAGAACUUCUAGCAUACGGCAGUGGAUGAUAAAAGAGAAUACCACAACACCAUUAUUAGCAAAGAUGUUAUGCUCUGCCUUGAAAGUUUGUUACUUUUCAUGGAUGCUUCGCUCGGUAGGCAUUACACCUGGAAAUUUUAUGUUGCAUCAAGGGAUCUCUUUCUUUUAUUUUGUUUACUAGCCCAAAGAAAUGGACUGAGGUUACUUCUAUGAUCUAUUCCUAUUCAAACAGCCUGUAAUAUUUUGUGGUGAUAUUGGGAUUAUUGAUUGUAUUGGAUAAUUGACAUCUUAUAUUACUUUGUUCAUGUCUUUAAUUUC